GCCGGGAAAUGCCUACAUCCGGGAAACCUGCGGCGGAGUGCGGCGGCGGCGACACCGAGUGGAAGGCAAAAUGGCGGCGGCGGCGGUGGACUGGUGCUGAGGGGAGAGCCAGGUCCCCGCGACCCUCGCGACGGGCCGCGCUGACCUGGAGCAGCUCCCCGGCGUCUCUCCCCGCCCUGCCCCACCAGGGAUACCUGGGGUCCCCGGGACGGGCUCCAGCCGCCUGGGCGACCGCCCUCGGGCCCGUGGCCGCUGUCCAGGAGCCCCGCUCUCCCCUGCAGGGUUAAUUAUUUAGAUUGUAAAGAAUUUCAUCAUUCCUGGGGACUUCUGCAAAGGAUCUUUUUCGGUUUUGCUCAAGAGAAAAUUCUGGAUCUAUCAAGUAGCUCUUAAAGAAAUCCUUUGUGUGGGUUAUGAAUAUAGAUGUUUUCAUGAAGAGGAGUGAAAAGCCAGAAGGAUAUAGACAAAUGAGGCCUAAGACCUUUCCUGCCAGUAACUACACUGGCAGUAGCCGGCAGAUGUUGCAAGAAAUUCGGGAAUCCCUUAGAAAUUUAUCCAAACCAUCGGAUGCUGCUAAGGCUGAGCAUAACAUGAAUAAGAUGUCAGCUGAAGAUCCUCGACAAGUCAGAAAUCCACCCAAAUUUGGGACACAUCAUAAAGCCUUGCUGGAAAUUCGAAACUCUCUACAACCAUUUGCAAAUGAAACAAGUCGGAGUACUUCAGAAGUUAAUCCACAAAUGCUUCAAGAUUUGCAAGCUGCUGGAUUUGAUGAGGAUAUGGUUAUACAAGCUCUUCAGAAAACUAAUAACAGAAGUAUAGAGGCAGCAAUUGAAUUCAUUAGUAAAAUGAGUUACCAAGAUCCUCGCCGGGAACAGAUGGCCGCAGCAGCUGCCAGACCUGUCAAUGCCAGCUUGAAACCAGGGAGUGUGCAACAAUCAGUUAACCGCAAACAAAGCUGGAAAGGUUCCAAAGAAUCCUUAGUUCCUCAGAGACAUGGCCCACCACUAGGAGAAAGUGUAGCCUAUCGUUCUGAAAGUCCUAACUCGCAGACAGAUGUAGGAAGACCUUUGUCAGGCUCUGGUAUAACGGCUUUUGCUCAAGCUCACCCUAGCAAUGGACAGAGAGUGAACCCCCCACCACCUCCUCAAGUAAGGAGUGUCACUCCUCCACCACCUCCCAGAGGCCAGACUCCUCCUCCAAGAGGUACAACUCCACCUCCCCCCUCAUGGGAACCAAACUCUCAAACAAAGCGCUAUUCUGGGAACAUGGAAUAUGUAAUCUCCAGAAUCUCUCCUGUUCCACCUGGAGCCUGGCAGGAGGGCUAUCCUCCACCACCUCUGAACACGUCCGCAAUGAAUCCUCCUAAUCAGGGUCAGAGAGGCAUUAGUUCUGUUCCUCUUGGCAGACAACCAAUCAUCAUGCAGAGUUCCAACAAAUUUAACUUUCCACCAGGAAGACCUGGAAUUCAGAAUGGUAGUGGACAGACUGAUUUUAUGAUACACCAAAAUGUCCCUGCUGGCACUGUGAAUCGGCAGCCACCGCCUCCGUAUCCUCUGACCCCAGCUAAUGGACAGAGCUCUUCCGCUCUACAAACGGGGGGAUCUGCUGCUCCUUCAUCAUAUACAAAUGGAAAUCUUCCCCAAUCUAUGAUGGUGCCAAACAGAAACAGCCAUAACCUGGAACUUUAUAACAUGAAUGCACCUGGACUGCAGACAACUUGGCCUCAGUCAUCUUCUGCUCCAGCCCAGUCCUCCCCAAGCAGUGGGCAUGAAAUCCCCACAUGGCAACCUAACAUACCAGUGAGGUCCAAUUCCUUUAAUAAUCCAUUAGGAAAUAGAACAAGUCAUCCUGCUAAUUCUCAGCCUUCAGCUACAACAGUCACUGCUAUUACACCAGCUCCUAUUCAACAGCCUGUGAAAAGUAUACGUGUAUUAAAACCGGAGCUACAGACUGCAUUAGCCCCUACACACCCUUCUUGGAUACCACAGCCAAUUCAAACGGUUCAACCUAGUCCUUUUUCUGAGGGCACUACUUCAAAUAUGACUGUUAUGCCUCCUGUUGCUGAAGCUCCAACCUAUCAAGGUCCACCUCCACCUUAUCCCAAACAUCUGCUACACCAAAACCCAUCUGUUCCUCCAUACGAAUCAAUCAGUAAAUCUAGCAAAGAGGAUCAGGCGAGCGUGCCCAAGGAAGAUGAGAGUGAAAAAAGUUAUGAAAAUGUUGAUAGUGGGGAUAAAGAAAAGAAACAGAUUACAACCUCACCUAUCACCGUUAGGAAAAACAAGAAAGAUGAAGAGCGAAGGGAAUCUCGUAUUCAGAGUUACUCUCCUCAGGCAUUUAAAUUCUUUAUGGAGCAACAUGUAGAAAAUGUACUCAAAUCUCAUCAGCAGCGUCUACAUCGUAAAAAACAAUUAGAGAAUGAAAUGAUGCGGGUUGGAUUAUCUCAAGAUGCGCAGGAUCAAAUGAGAAGGAUGCUUUGCCAAAAAGAGUCUAAUUACAUCCGUCUUAAGAGGGCUAAAAUGGACAAGUCUAUGUUUGUGAAGAUAAAGACACUAGGAAUAGGAGCAUUUGGUGAAGUCUGUCUAGCAAGAAAAGUAGAUACUAAGGCUUUGUAUGCAACAAAAACUCUUCGAAAGAAAGAUGUUCUUCUUCGAAAUCAAGUCGCUCAUGUUAAAGCUGAGAGGGAUAUCCUGGCUGAAGCUGACAAUGAAUGGGUAGUUCGUCUAUAUUAUUCGUUCCAAGAUAAGGACAAUUUAUACUUUGUAAUGGACUAUAUUCCUGGGGGUGAUAUGAUGAGCUUAUUAAUUAGGAUGGGCAUCUUUCCAGAAAACCUGGCACGAUUCUACAUAGCAGAACUUACCUGUGCAGUCGAAAGUGUUCAUAAAAUGGGUUUUAUUCAUAGAGAUAUUAAACCUGAUAAUAUUUUGAUUGAUCGUGAUGGUCAUAUUAAACUGACUGACUUCGGCCUCUGCACUGGCUUCAGAUGGACACAUGAUUCUAAGUACUAUCAGAGUGGUGACCAUCCACGGCAAGAUAGUAUGGACUUCAGUAAUGAGUGGGGUGACCCCUCUAACUGUCGAUGUGGAGAUAGAUUAAAGCCGCUAGAGCGGAGAGCUGCACGCCAGCACCAGCGAUGUCUUGCGCAUUCAUUGGUCGGGACUCCCAAUUACAUUGCACCUGAAGUGUUGUUACGAACAGGCUAUACACAGUUAUGUGAUUGGUGGAGUGUUGGUGUAAUUCUUUUUGAAAUGCUGGUGGGACAGCCGCCUUUCUUGGCACAAACACCAUUAGAAACGCAAAUGAAGGUUAUCAACUGGCAGACAUCUCUUCACAUUCCACCUCAAGCUAAGCUGAGUCCUGAAGCAUCUGAUCUUAUUAUUAAACUUUGCCGAGGACCAGAAGAUCGCUUAGGCAAGAAUGGGGCUGAUGAAAUAAAAGCUCAUCCAUUUUUUAAAACAAUUGAUUUCUCCAGUGACCUGAGACAGCAAUCUGCUUCAUAUAUUCCUAAAAUCACACACCCAACAGAUACAUCAAAUUUUGAUCCUGUUGAUCCUGAUAAGUUAUGGAGUGAUGAUAAUGAGGAGGAAAAUGUAAAUGACACUCUCAACGGAUGGUAUAAAAAUGGAAAGCACCCUGAACAUGCUUUCUAUGAAUUUACCUUUCGGAGGUUUUUUGAUGACAAUGGCUACCCAUAUAAUUAUCCAAAGCCUAUUGAAUAUGAAUAUAUUAAUUCACAAGGCUCAGAGCAACAGUCAGAUGAAGAUGAUGAUCACACAGGCUCAGAGAUCAAAAAUCGUGAUCUAGUAUAUGUUUAACACACUAGGAAAUUAUUAUAAUGAGGAUUUGCAAAAAGACCUGAAACGCAGAGUUUUUUGAGGCUCCAAGAGUAAAAUUAUGCAAAUGUGACAGAGCUGUGUAUGAGUGCUCUGUGUACAAUAUUUUAUGCUUCUAAAUUAUGGAAAAUUUUUUUAAACUGUUAAUUUAUUCCAGCCUUUUUAAUCAGUAAUUUAGAAAAAAUUGUUAUAAAGUAAAUUAUGAACUGAAUAUUAUAGUCAGUUCUUGGUACUUAAAGUACUUAAAAAAAUAGUGCUUUGUUUAAAAGGAGAAGCCUGGUAUCUAUUUGUACAUACACUAAAUAAUUUUAAAAGACAAGAGUGUUUGAAAUUUUUUUGAAAGACAGGUUUAGUUUUAUCUUGCUUUAACCAAAUAUGAAAUGUACCCCACAUUCAAAGAGCUCUUUUUUUUUUAAACCCCAUAACCUUGUUUUUGGUGCAAAUAAGCUAUAGAAAUUAAGCCAUGAUGGUGAUGAGUGUUCCUAGGCUAAUGAUAAUCUGAUAAUUUACAUUUUGGAACUGAGAAAUACAGGGUUGAAAUAGUAUGUUCAUCAGAAGAAAAAAUAAUGCAGAUUAUCUGGGGUUCCCCCCCCCCGUGGAAUAUUUAAUCUUCUAGCAUUUAUUUCUCAUGAAUUACUGGCUUUAAAAGAAGCAAAGCACUACUAUUUUUCUUUCUAUACCGGUAUUUUUUAUUUUUUUUUUAAUUUUAAUUUUUUUUUAAAGAUUUUAUUUAUUUGACAGAGAGAGACACAGUGAGAGAGGGAACACAAGCAGGGGGAGUGGGAGA